UAGACCGGAGGACAGAGAGGGGUCGGUGGUGUAACAGUGGCACAGCCUCCCUGCUGUUUUAUUUUAUUUAAUAUUUUAUCCCACUUUUAUCCUCUAACCUCCACGAGUGUUUUUCAUCACACAGUUUAAUCUUAGGCCUACAGUUUAUAAUGAACCUCAGACUGAGCCAGUGAGCUCUGAAUCCUGAGGCUGCUCUUCGGUUAUUUGAUUUUUUUUUUUUUUUUUUAAUCUCACAGAGGAUAAUAUAAUUUGUUUAGCCGGAGACAUUUACUGACAGGACCCAAACAUGGAGGCGAAGGACGAGAUGGAAAUGCUGGACGCCGGCAAACAUGAACAAAACGGAGAUAUAAGUGACAGCAAGACGGAUGAAAAGGAGAAAGAAAAAGAGGCAAAGGAGCCCAUGGUUGGCCCCAUUGAUGUGUUCAGGUUUGCAAGCGGAGUGGACAUUGCGUUGAUCUUGGUUGGGACACUGCUGGCCAUGGUGCAUGGUGUGGUGCUUCCUCUCAUGUGUGUCGUGUUUGGGGACAUGACGGACAGCUUUGUACAGGACGCGAUGAGCCACAUGAACACCAGCCACCUCAAUAUCACCAUCCCACCAAGAAACAGCACCUUACAGGAGGAUAUGACGAGGUUUGCCAUCUACUACUCCAUCCUGGGUUUUGUGGUGCUGAUUGCAGCCUAUGGGCAGGUGGCCUUCUGGAGCCUGUCGGCCGGGCGGCAGGCCUCACACAUCCGCAAGUUGUUCUUCCACCGCAUCAUGCAGCAGGACAUCGGCUGGUUUGAUGUCACUGAAACGGGAGAGCUCAACACACGUCUCACAGAUGAUAUCUACAAGAUCCAAGAGGGUAUUGGCGACAAGGCUGGGAAGCUUGUCUAUGCUAUCGCCAGCUUAUUGUCAUCCUUCAUCAUCGGCUUCGUCAAAGGCUGGAAACUCACUCUGGUCAUCCUGGCUGUGAGCCCUUUGCUGGGCAUUUCAGCUGCACUUUUCUCAAAGGUGCUGGCGACUUUCACUUCUAAAGAGCAGACUGCAUAUGCCAAAGCUGGAGCUGUGGCAGAGGAGGUGCUCUCUGCUAUCAGGACAGUGUUUGCCUUCAAUGGUCAGGAAAAAGAAAUCGCCAGAUAUAAUAAGAAUUUGGAGGAUGCAAAGAACGUGGGAAUAAAGAAGGCGCUAUCUGCUAACUUGGCCAUGGGCUUCACCUUCAUGGUGAUCUACCUGUCUUAUGCACUGGCCUUCUGGUACGGAAGUACACUCAUCCUGAGUAAGGAGUACACAAUUGGAACUGUACUCACUGUGUUCUUCGUCGUGCUUAUUGGAGUGUUCACUUUGGGACAAACCGCUCCUAACUUCCAGACCUUUGACAGCGCCAGGGGAGCUGCACAUAAAGUGUACAGCAUUAUUGAACGCCAACCCACCAUCGACAGCUAUUCAGAGGAGGGCUUCAAGCCUGAUUCCAUCACAGGAAACAUAGAGUUUCAGAACAUCUUCUUCAGCUACCCCUCGAGGCCGGACGUCCAGAUAUUGAAUAACUUGUGUCUGAGUGUGAAGAGUGGACAGACCAUAGCCUUGGUGGGUAGCAGUGGCUGUGGUAAAAGCACCACGAUCCAGCUGCUGCAGAGGUUCUACGAUCCUCAGGAAGGAUCUGUGACUAUUGACGGUCAUGACAUCCGUUCUCUUAAUGUCCGCUACCUGAGAGACAUGAUUGGAGUGGUGAGUCAGGAGCCCAUCCUCUUUGCCACCACCAUCUCUGAGAACAUCAGAUACGGCCGACUUGAUGUGACGCAGUGGGAGAUUGAACAAGCUGCCAAGGAGGCUAAUGCCUACGACUUCAUCAUGAACCUUCCUGAUAAGUUUGAGACAAUGGUCGGAGAGCGAGGGACUCAGAUGAGUGGAGGACAGAAGCAGAGGAUUGCAAUUGCUCGAGCUCUAGUCCGCAACCCCAAAAUCCUGCUGUUGGACGAAGCCACAUCUGCUCUUGAUGCUGAGAGUGAGACUAUUGUACAAGCUGCACUCGACAAGGUCCGACUGGGUCGUACCACCAUAGUUGUUGCCCACCGCCUCUCAACCAUCAGAAAUGCUGACGUCAUUGCCGGCUUCCAAAACGGUCGAGUUGCUGAGCUGGGGACUCACAGCCAACUGAUGGAAGAGAAAGGAGUCUACCAUACACUGGUCACCAUGCAGACCUUUCAGGAACUCGAGGAGUUGGAAGAGGCAGAGUUUGAGCUGUCUACAGAUGGGGAGAAGAGCCGCUUAGUCAGGACCCCCUCUCGGUCCUCUCUGCGCAGGAGGAAGUCCACUAGGGGCUCCUCCUUUACCGGCUCAGUGGGAGAGAAAGAAGAGAAAGAAAAGCUCAAGGAUGGAAAUAAGGAGGAGGAUGACAGUGCUCCACCCGUGUCGUUCUCUGAAGUGAUGCGUCUCAACCUUCCCGAGUGGCCGUACAUUUUGGUUGGGACCAUCUGUGCCAUCAUCAACGGUGUGAUGCAGCCACUGUUCGCUGUCAUCUUCUCCAAGAUCAUCACUGUGUUUGCAAACCCAGAUACAGAGGUUGUUAGGCGAAAAACUGGAUUCUUUUCUCUGAUGUUUGUCGCUAUUGGAGCUAUAAGCUUUGUCGCUAUGUUUCUACAGGGCUUCUGUUUUGGUAAAUCUGGAGAGAUUCUGACCCUCAAAUUGAGACUCGGGGCCUUUAAGUCCAUGAUGAGACAGGACCUUGGCUGGUUUGACGACCCUAAAAACAGUGUCGGAGCGCUUACUACCAGACUGGCCACAGACGCUGCCCAAGUGCAAGGGGCCACAGGAGUGCGUAUGGCCACGCUGGCCCAGAACAUAGCCAACAUGGGCACCAGUUUGAUCAUCUCCUUUGUGUACGGCUGGGAGCUGACCCUGCUCAUCCUGUCUGUGGUGCCUGUCAUGGCAUUGGCUGGAGCUGUGGAGAUGAAGGCGCUCACUGGAAAUGCUGCUGAAGACAAGAGGGAGCUGGAGAAGUCUGGAAAGAUUGCUACGGAGGCCAUCGAGAAUAUCCGAACUGUUGUCUCUCUUAACAGAGAGCCCAAGUUUGAGUCUUUGUAUCAGGAAAACCUCGAAAUACCAUUCAAGAACUCCCAGAAAAGCGCCCAUGUCCACGGUAUUACCUUCUCCUUCAGCCAGGCCAUGAUCUACUUUGCUUAUGCAGGCUGUUUCCGCUUUGGAGCCUGGCUCAUUAAGGAAGGAAGGAUGGAUGUCGAGGGAGUGUUUCUUGUGGUUGCGGCUGUUCUGUACGGUGCCAUGGCUCUCGGAGAGGCCAACUCCUUUGCUCCAAACUACGCCAAGGCCAAAAUCUCAGCUGCCCACCUGAUGAUGCUGCUGAAGAAAGAACCUGCCAUUGACAAUCUGUCACAUGAGGGAGAGUCACCGGAGAAAUUUGAUGGUAACGUGCACUUUGAGGGUGUUAAGUUUAACUACCCCUCCCGCCCUGAGGUGCCCAUCCUCCAAGGGCUGAACUUGAAGGUGAGCAAGGGAGAGACUCUGGCGUUGGUGGGGAGCAGCGGCUGCGGAAAGAGCACCACCAUCCAGCUGCUGGAGCGCUUCUACGACCCCAGAGAGGGGAGAGUGCUGCUGGACAACAGGAAUGCAAAAGAGCUCAACAUCCACUGGUUGAGAUCCCAGAUAGGCAUCGUAUCCCAGGAGCCCGUGCUGUUCGACUGCACCUUGGCCGAAAACAUCGCCUACGGAGACAACAGUCGCACCGUGACCAAGGAGGAGAUAGAGGAGGCUGCUAGAGCGGCCAACAUUCACAAAUUCAUCGACGACCUGCCACAGAAAUACGACACUCAGGCAGGUGACAAAGGAGAACAGCUGUCAGGUGGCCAGAAGCAGCGUAUAGCCAUAGCCCGAGCCAUUCUCCGAAACCCCACAGUGUUGCUCCUGGAUGAGGCCACAUCCGCGCUCGACACUGAGAGUGAGAAGGUGGUGCAGGAGGCGUUGGACCAGGCCAGUAAAGGCAGGACGUGCAUCAUCGUAGCCCACCGUCUGUCCACCAUCCAAAACGCAGACCGCAUCGCCGUCUUCCAGGGCGGAGUGGUGGUCGAACAGGGGACACAUCAGCAGCUGCUGGCCCAGAGGGGAGUUUACCACAUGCUGGUCACCACACAGAUGGGCCACGGGAAGGAAUAAGAGGACACAGGGAGCUAUACUACACAGAUUGUUUUUUAUCUUAAUGUUUCCAAAGAUAUUUAUGUUUCCCUGCCCAGCUUCAGUGGAACUGUUGGAUGUGUAUGAACGUGUAUGAAUGUGUCUCGGCUUGUUUGGAGAUUUGCCUCAGUGACCUUUUAGCUGUGUGAGAAUUUGUCUUGCAGCUGUACCUCUUUGGGUCACCUGGUGUGGUCAUCAUCAGACAAGUUACCUUUCAGUCAGAAAGCCAAGUCAGCCAGGAAGUGGUUGUAGCCUCCACGUCUGAAAAGUGAAGGCAGUGCAGCAGCGCCUUAAAGGAACAGUGUGUAGGAUUUAGUGGCAUCUAGCAGUGAGGACAGCAGAUUGCAACCUGCUGUAACUUCUCUUGUCUGGAUUUCUUCAGUGUCCUUGUUCAGGAGGUUUUUAACCAUGAGCUGAAUUACCCGCAGAGGUCUCUUCUCCAAACCAAACCACAACACAAUAAAAAACAUAAAAGAUAAAGAGUGAUGUAAAAUAUUAGAACACCUACGCACAAUGACAAGACCCAUCCGACUCAUUCAUCCUUGUAGUUAUGAGAGCUUUAAAGUCGGGUGAAGAGACCAAUUCAUGUAGUUUCAAAUGUCUUUGAAGCAGUUUUAUAUUUGUCUUACGUCACUUGGCUGAAGCCGCACCUGUGCAGGUAGUCAGCGACACAACAACCACGUUAACACACGGAUCAUAAACAGGUUAGCCAUGUCAAUGUAAAAGCACUCACUCGCUAGUUUCAAGUCCUCUUCAAUACAGCAUGAUAUUCAUUUUGUAAAUUACAGUCCCAAUGAGGCUCUCAGUCAGAUCCAUUCCUCGCACUUCCACAGCUCCACCCUCUCAUCCAAACAUGCUCAACUCUGGCUCCAAAAAACCAAGAUGGCAACGGCCAAAAUGCUGAACUAGAGAUUUCAAAAGAGUCGUCUACAAACCAAUGUGCAGCUACGUCCACUUCUUUUAUACAGUCUGUGUUUUUUACUACUGUUUGUUAGCUGUCACUUUUAUUGGCCUUUUUCACAGAGGAUAUGUUGACAUGUGACAGCUGGAGAAGCACAGGUAACAUUAAUGACUGAACUCCAGGAACUCCUCAUUGGAACACUCGAAUAUUCUUGGUAGCACCUGUUCUUUACUACAAUCAGAAGUCCAAAUGUCUGCUUUGGAAAAAGGUUUACUAUACUGUACUCUCUCGUGUUUUCUCUUUUCUUCCUCUCUGUUUCGUCCAAGUUUGUGUCUUGUAAACUGAGACGUAUUUACCCCUGCCCUCUCUUCACCAAGGUGAAGCUACUUGUAACAUAAAAGCCUUAGCUGUUGAUUCCUGGUGCCAUCUUCUGUUAAAUGCUCAAUCUAACAGUACACUGGAUUUAUUAUGUAUAACACUGCAUCAUGUAUACCUCUGACACUGGGACCAUCAUCACAAAUGAGUUAUGUUCUACAAUAUAUGCAUUUGUGCAAAUUCUUUGAUAAUUGCUCUGAUUGUUUAGAUGCAACUUUAUUUUUUUUACAGUUUGAGUGAAUAAUGGAGCAGAAGUGCCUGAAGAUACUGUAUACACAGAGCUGUGAAGAUUUAAACUUUGGCUGCAUCACUUGGAAUCCUAUUUUGUUUCUACAAAAGCCAGGGAUUACUGUACUAACUUUUUUUUUGGUAGAAUAUGCUUGUUUGUAACUAUUAAAGUUUUAUAUUCAAUUAAUGAA